GGCUCGCCGCAGUCCGCGAGGAACGGCCACUUUCGCGAGACGCGUGCUCCCGAACCCGGUUUCUCGCAUUCGCUCGACGCCCGCUCCGAGUCGCGCCUCGAUCGGAGACCCACUCUCGACCCGAACCGGUGGUCCACCCGCGUCCGAACUCGAUUCAGCGCGUAAGUAUCGGCGAAGCCAGCGCGGUCGUUGCCACUUUGUACUUCGUGGUACUAAUUAUUGAACCCAACGACAAGCUUCCUCGCUGAAGAAUAUAUACACCGUGGAAGCUCACUUGAACCAAAAUGGCGCUACCGAAAGGAGUGAAGUAUUUCUUUUCGGAGAACGUAUUGACGCUUUUGACCGUUGUCGGUGUUUGCGCUGGUACAGCACUUGGACUCAUCCUUAGAAGUGCUAAAACGGAUGAAUGGACUCCACGAGAAAUAAUGUACAUACAAUACACGGGAGAAAUGUUUCUCAGAAUGCUUAAAGCUCUAAUACUCCCUUUGAUCGUCGCCAGUAUUGUAAGUGCAAUUGGGAGUCUCGAUCUUAAUUUAUCAGGGAAGAUCGGUAUGCGGUCGGUGUAUUAUUAUGGCACGACAACGAUAAGUGCGGUAAUUCUUGGUAUAAUUCUUGUACUGAUUAUUCGUCCCGGUGUCUCAACGGGACACUCUUUUGUUGCUCAACCUGAAUUAGUUAAGUCGCGAAACGUUACCACAGCAGAUACUAUUCUGGAUUUAAUUAGAAAUAUAUUUCCACCUAAUCUAAUUCAAGCUUGCUUGCAACACUAUCGAACGGAAUUGGUGGAGCCGAAAAAUAUUUCCGAGGCGAAAAGUAUAUAUGAAUGGGAGAUUGAGGGCAAGUACUCAAAUGGAAUGAAUACUCUCGGUCUAGUCAUCUUUAGCAUUGUUUUUGGCGUUACUCUUGGUAAAAUGGGCGAACCGGGAAAACCUCUUUUGGAUUUCUUCACCGCACUGACCGAUGCUAUGAUGAUUAUCACCAACUGGGUUAUUUGGCUUUCUCCCAUUGGCGUAACGUCUCUGAUUGCGGCAAAGCUGUUAGAGAUUGAGGAUUUCGGUGUUAUCGUUGGACAGUUAGGGCUCUAUUUUUUGACCGUUUUACUGGGAUUAAUAAUCCACGGCUUUGGUACUCUCUCGGUCAUUUAUUUCGUCUGUACCCGAGAAUUACCUUUCAAAGCCUUAGGACAAAUGGGACAGGUGAUGGUUACGGCAUUUGGAACGGCUUCGAGUUCUGCCACAUUACCUGUUACAUUACAAUGUUUGGAUAACAUGGGUGCGGAUCCGCGGAUAACCAGAUUCGUUGUGCCAAUCGGAGCGACGAUAAACAUGGAUGGAACUGCGUUAUACGAAGCUGUUGCUGCAAUUUUUAUUGCACAAGUGCGAGGCAUUAACCUGACCCUUAGCAAUGUUAUUGGUAUUAGUGUAACGGCGACAGCGGCUAGUAUAGGAGCUGCCGGUAUACCUCAAGCUGGUCUUGUUACAAUGGUAAUGGUCUUGGAUACGGUUGGUCUACCAGCUGAUGACGUUUCAUUGAUUCUCGCAGUUGACUGGCUAUUGGACCGAUUCCGUACUACCAUCAAUGUUGUGUGCGAUGCUCUUGGAGCCUGUAUUAUCGAACGUAUGAGCAAAGAUGAAAUGGGUGCCAUUCCAGUAAGUCAACAGGAGGAAGUCAUCGAACUUUCCCAACAUAGAAAACCCGAAAUAUAAAUAUAUUUUCACGUAUUCACAUGAAUAACUACUUGUUACCCGGUAUUUUGCUUUAGUCGAGAAAGACUUCAGAUCUGUAGAAAAUCAACUCUACAACUGUCAAUGUGAAUUUUAAUCUUUCAGUACGUACUUUACCUACUGCAUGAUAUUACAUGCAAUCAUACCUUAAUAUUAUUAUUAAGUCACUCUUACAUCUAAUUAACAUGAAGACGUUACGGCAUUUCUUGAUAAUAAUGUGCCAUUGGAACUACUUCAGUUAAAUUUUAUAUGACUGUUAGUAUUUUAAUUAGCAAAUUCUUCUACUUAAAGGGAAACGAUACUUAUUGCAUUAUGAUACUUAUCUCUUAAAUUACUGCAGGUGCGGUAAAUUGUAUUAUCUACAGUUACACAUAUAUGUAGAAAAUCUGUUUUUUAUUGCAAUAUAUUUUAAUAGACUAUUA